AACCAAACCCAGCGAAGAGAGUGUGGAGAGCAAGCAAGCAGAGCGGCCAGGCUACUUCGCUCCACACUGUCUCCGGCUACAGACUCCCGCCGCCGCCGUCGCAUUUCUGUUCCCUCUGAUCCUCCUCCUUCAUCUUGAUCUUGAUCUUCCUGGUCUCCGUCCUCAAUCCUCUCCCACCACCUCCCCCCCCCCGUAUUCUCGCUCAGGAAUUUCGCCCCCCAACCCCAGUCCUACCUACGCUACCGGCACCCUUCAUCCUGCUUGGACCUGGCUUCGUCCUGCUCUGCCCUGCCCACAACCACCAUCCACCGUCACCACCACAACCUCGACGGAUACUCACCACCCCUCCGGCUAUUUUCGAUCUCCAACAAGCGGCGGCCCACCUCCAGAGCUCAAGGAGCGGUUAUCUUAAAAGCGUUUCCUCCUUCGCUCUCUCGCCCUUAACGCUGAGGUAACGCGAUUCCCCUCCGCUUUGCCCUCUCUCCAGUGAUGAACGACCAACUGACUAACCUCCUGCAGAAUUUGAGAUCCGGAGAACUUGUGACCGCUUCCCUUCCGCCGCGAUACUCCAAGUGCCAAAAUAUCGGCCUCGUUCCCACUUGGCCAUUUAAUCUUCUCGCAACCCCCCAUUGCCCGCUCCACUUCUGCCGGCCGCUCCGUUUGGUUCGUCAUCAUCGUCAGUUGCGAGGGUUCAACCGACGACGGCGUUGAAUCAUCGGGACUGCCACACCUCAAAUUCCAGGACGCUUGAUUUGAACUGGAAAUGUCUACUCCCUCCACCGCUUCAGCCGUCCUACCGCCCCUCAGUCACUAUCGCUACGACUACACCCGAGAUCACCAUCGCGUUCUCCACCCUCCUGCCCACGCUCAUCUCUUGAAUCGUACACAUCUCGCCAGUCCUAUUUACCACUCUCCCGUGCCUGUGACAACCGCCUCGACCCCUACCAACUCUUCUUUUUCUUCGUCGACCAUCUCGGCUAUGGCUUCUUCCAGGGCCCAGCCUUCGGCGAAGAGAAAUCGUAAUCGGACCCCUAACUGGGAAGACUUCUACAAGAACGGGCUCCCCAAGGAGGUUAUUGUCAUUGACGAUUCUCCCCCGCCGGAGUCGGGCCACCCAGGUGCCAACACCAACAGCAAACACUCGCAACCAUCCACCUCAUCCCGUGCAAUAGCAACCAAUGGACAUCAAUAUCCUUCUACAAAUAACAUUGCUGGAGGUGCACAUGGCCCCCGCCACGCCGACAAGAAGCGAAAGGUUCAGACAUCGCAAUACGAGCCUUCAUAUGCCGGCCAGCAUCAGCACUCUUACUCUUCAACACAGACUCCCCAUGCUAAUUUUGGGUCUCCCACCACCGUUUCCGCUAAUUCCAGUACAGUAAGUGUCAAUGGUAAUUCAACUGCUGGUACAUCGCUUGGAUCGAACAUUGGAGUAGGGCCUCCCUAUUCUGGGGCAUCAUUAGCUUCGAUCAAUGGCCAGAAGCGAAAGAGAGUAACAAGGGCCAGCCAAGCAGCAGCAGCGGCUGCAAACAGCGGGUUGGAUCCUUAUUCUAGCUAUCACCCUCCUCCAAGGCCUCCUAUCAAGGCGAAGGAUGUGUACGUCCAGCCAAUUCCAGAUGUAAGCGAGGAACCCUCUACUCCAGUGCUAUUAUUGCAUGCCUUCAUUGGGGCCAUGCCCUUACUAACAUACCUACUCCCUUUAGCCCGGCAGACAUCCAACCGGGAGGGUGGACGAUGAUGAUGGUCACUAUAUUAUCAAUCUAGAGACCGAUUUGACACCACGAUGUAAGCUGCAUCCUUCUGAACUAAAUUGUAUGAGGCCUUGACUGAUUCUCAUAUCCUGCCCCCAGACCGAAUUACCAAACAACUUGGCCAAGGAACUUUUGGCAAGGUUGUAGAGGCAUAUGAUCGUAUCAAGAAGACUAAAUGUGCUAUCAAGGUCAUCAGAUCAGUUCAGAAGUACCGGGAUGCGUCCCGAAUUGAGUUAAGAGUACUUGCGACCUUAUCAUGCAAUGACAAGGAAAAUAGGAAUAAGUGCAUCCAUUUGAGAGAUUGCUUUGACUACCGCAAUCACAUAUGUACGCCCGUCCCACUUGAAAUUGUGUUCGUCUUUGGAUAUGGGGUGUGGGAUUGACGGUUAUAUGAUUGCCAGGUAUCGUCACCGAUUUGCUCGGGAUGAGCGUAUUCGACUUUUUGAAGGGAAAUUCAUUUGCACCAUUUCCGAACAGUCAAAUCCAGAACUUUGCUCGCCAGUUGUUGACUAGCGUCGCAUGUGAGUGUAUUCCUGGCUAGAUACCCUAAAAACUUUCUCGGGGGGGUUUUUUCUUUCUCUCUUACUAAUUUUCGAAGUUCUUCACGAUCUGAACCUCAUUCAUACCGAUCUCAAACCAGAAAAUAUUCUCCUUGUCCACAAUUCCUUCCAAACAUUUAAUUACAACAGGGCUAUACCCUCCUCUUCCACAACUACCCAAAGGCAGGGCCGGACCCGCCGUGUUCUCUUAGACACGGAUAUUCGUCUAAUCGAUUUCGGAUCCGCUACGUUUGAUGAUGAAUACCAUUCGAGUGUGGUUUCCACUCGUCAUUACCGUGCACCCGAAAUCAUACUGGGCUUGGGUUGGAGUUUCCCGUGUGAUCUCUGGAGUAUCGGAUGUAUCCUGGUAGAGUUCUACACUGGCGACGCUCUUUUUCAAACUCAUGACAAUCUUGAGCAUUUGGCAAUGAUGCAGGCUGUUGUUGGACAAAAGAUCGAUACAAGGCUUAUCAGAGCAGUAGCAGGGACUUCAAGAACAGUGUCCAAUGCGGUUUCAAGGUGCGCCAACCUUGACUUGAAGUGGUGCUGUGGGAAUUGCGCUGAUACAGGUGGGCAGAUAUUUCAAAGGAACCCGACUUGACUAUCCCAACGACGAGACAACUAGAGCUAGUAAAAAAUAUGUUCACGCUAUGAAGCUUCUUCCGGUAGGGAUCACUAUUGAUAAAUUUUUUGAACGCUGUAUACCGAUAAUAUACAUAUAGGAUAUCAUCCAACCAAACACGAAUUUCAACAAGCAGUUUUUCGAUCUUCUCAAGAGGAUAUUCGUCUACGACCCCAACAAGCGUAUCACUGCCAAGGAAGCGUUGAAGCACCCGUGGUUCCGCGAGGUUGUUCAGGAUGAGGGAACUGAAGCCACAAAGUUGAGACUGGAGAGACAGGCGGAGCGGAUGGCAGCAGCGACAUUAUCACGCGGAGAGGGGUACUGAUAAUAGCUGCCAUGCAUGCGCACUUUGCGCCUGACGUCGAUGGAAAAGGAUAUCUUUACCACCUUUAUUCCGCUGGAAACUUUGCAAUGAAAUGACUACAGCAGCCCCCGAUUGCCAACAUUGCUCACAGUUUAUAUUUCUUAGCCAAAUCUUCUCCUUUGCUUUUUGUUUGUGGAUAGGCUGGUGGACGGUUUCAUUUUGGGUUCUCCUUGCAUGGAAUUUCAUCGGAUAGAUCAUAUUGUUUCACUAUAUCAGGGGUUGUCUAAUUUGCUGUCCCUUUAGCUUUUCCUGUUUCCCUUUCCUGCUUGCCUCGGCGAUGGGGGGUUGCCUUGAAACCCUUCAUGGAGCCUCCCAGCAGAGUACUGGCUCCAGACCAGUCUUCAUGAUUAGCAGAUGAAAGGAGGAGGCACUUUGUUCAGUAACGAUGGGUAUGCAGUGAAUGGUGCAUAUAUUCUUAGGAAUUGGGGGGCGGGGUAAACGGCGUAUCUUCUUCGGUGUCUCUCGUUGGUCAUAGGUCUCGAAUGUCUGGGUUUGUAUGAAAGGGGGGGAUUUGAGCUUUCUCUUUUGUUUUCCCACUACCCUUUAUCUUCUGUUCUUUUCCUGCUUUAUUUUAUUUUCUAGCUCUUUCUGUCUGGUGUUAAUCUUUUCUCUCUCUCCUGCUACCUACCCGUAUUGUUCAUAAUUUGUGAAUGUGGAUGCAGUGCCCCAGGGUGAAUCUUGAUUCCAGGGCCGGGGGGGGAUAUCGCAUUUGUUACGGCAGAUCAUAUUCGUCGAAUCUAUGAUUGGCCUCCUUUUCAUUUUUUACCUUCCGGGUAUCUCUUUUCCUUUUCUCUCAUCCAUUACUUUACCGCGUCCCGUCUCGCCUUGUCUGUCGCGCACCGGUAUAUAUAAAUGGGGGGGAAAAAACUGAGGAUCAACUAGGUUUUCUUUUCUUCCUCUCCUUCAGAUGGCUCGAUAAUUCCCUCUGGCUAUUCUUUUGCCCCGUGUCGCUCUUACCCCUUUCUGUACUAAAAGGAUUUUCUUUUCUUUUCUUUUCUUGCCCUACAGGAGUUCAGGAACGGUUUUGCGGUGAUGAAUUCCACUUUUCUCCUUCAUGUUUCUUUUGCAGCGGUCCUUUUUCCCUGAUAUCCCCGGCUUUCUUCAUACACAUGAUACAGUAGUCUAGUCUAAUCUCUACCUACCUACCCGCCUAACUUACUUGCGCUAACUGUUUGUCUGGUAGAACAAUAUUUUACUCGCACACAAGGAUUUAUCUGUUAGUCUACUCUGUCGUGCUAGAUUGUGGGAUGGUUGUUGCGAACGAUCGAGAUGAGAAACACCCAAGUCCCACGAUGACGGAUGGAUCGUCGGUUAUUCACACUUUUGAUAGGCUCUAUCCAUCCUACUAACCCCAUGAUCGCCACAGAUAGAAUAACUCAUGAUACCGCACAACGUGACACCCUUCCUCAAUAUCCCGCUUCGCGGACAGGACCGGUCACUAUUGUUAGUCCGGGGCACGUGCAAUACGAGCAGCCUACCAGCACAGUACGAUACAUAAGUCAAGCUGGAAGCAUUCUAGUCGUCCCCGCGUUCCCGGCCGCGUGGAAUAGACGAUACCGUACUCGAGUGCGGUAUGUAAUUUAUGCAGGGAAAUCGAGCCCACGAGAGGUCGUAAGUCGAGUGAUAAUCAAUGACCGCUACGUUGGAUCUCGUUUUCAGUCACUCGGGUUCCCAGUCUCGCUAGGGUACAGUGUCCAACUUGUACGAUCUUGAUGACAAAAUUCGUGCCCCCCCCCCCCAUUUUACACCCAAAACGGUCAUUUUCAGCUUGCAAAAGAAUAUUAAAAUUCCCCAGAGCCCUUAGAGCUACCCGGAUAUUCUCAUUUAUAAUAUGUGACAAGCCCCGUUAUUUGGUGCCCAUAGCUCAAUGCCAGAAACAAUGUCAGCAGGCAAAAGGUAGUUUUAGAUUUUACGAGUUUCCCAUGCAAAAGGUAUCAUACAUUGCAACACGGUCCAAUCCAGACUCCAAGCCCCCGGCCCCUAUAACGAAAGUGGGAAAAUUCUUCCCUAAUUUUUACUUGGGAAGCCUAGGGAAUUCUACUUACACUAUAGCAUUGAUUUGAUUAACUCUAUGAUAUAUUACGUCGAGGCGAGUUGGGAGUGUUUAAAAUCAGCCGUCCUCGAUGCAAAAUGUGAUGGUAGUGGUGGACUCGCACAGCCCUGUGGUCGGUCGGUUCGGAGGUAUGCUAUACUCGUACUAUAGAGAAGUGUUCGUGCUUUCCUUCCAUGGAAGGUGGCUAGCUAUUUAAACAUACAAUAACAUAACAUAACUUAUUACACAUAUCCCCACACAUAUCGUACCCGUGUUCCUGCGCUCCCAACACUACCACGGCACUCUAGCCACCGUACCGGUACCAACCCCCCCAUACUAUCAAAAUCGAGGGAGUGGAAGGUGGGUGGGUCACGAAUUCUAUCACCAAGAUCGUACUCGAGAACCAUAGUGUACAGUACAGUACAGCACAGUACAGUACGGGUAGUAGUCUUAGACUACCCAACACCCCAGUACAAAUUCCAGACGCCAGAAACCUAUAAUAAUACCACCACCGACCACCACCGUUAUAAUAUCACAUCACACAGUGUAUUUCCUCCC